AUGGCAAAAAAGAAGAACAAUAAGAAGAAGAGCAGUAACGCCAAAGGAAGGGCCCCGAUAAGUGACGACAAUCCAGAGGUUUCCACUCCCGCGGCCGACCCGGCGGAAACCGAGGAAAAUGGCGUCCCCGAUCCAACUUUCGACCGUUCUACGGCUCAGUUUUCAUACCAUCCUGUAUCUGCGGAUAUUCUGACGACUGAUAAUCAGGACAACAAGACGGAGUCUCCCGAAGCUGAGAAGGAACAGGCCCCGGAAGGCACUCAAAAAGAUGAACCAAGUAGUUCUACGGACGAUGCUCCAUCGACAGAAGCAGCCGCUGAAUCGGGUGCAACAACGCCUCCUGAUACGGUAGAAGAGCCCAAAGCCGAGGGCACAGAACCCUCUGAGGCAGACAAGCCGGCAGACUCUCCAGAAUCUGGCGAAGAAAAGCCAGAAACGAAUUCAACAGAGGAAGCAGCGCCAGCUCCAGCUGAAACGGGCGAACAGGCAGAGCCAGCCGCUUCUGAGCCUGCUGAGACGCCAGCCGGAGAACCUGCUGAAGCAGAGGCUACCCCCGCUGAACCUACCGCCGAAGAGGCACCUGCUGAGGAGAGCCCGGCGCCAGAACCUAGCGAAGAGAAGCCAGCCGACGCUCCAGCUGAAGAGGCCGAAAAGCCUGCUGCCGAAACGAGCGAACCGGAAGCCCCUCCCACAGAGUCUACUCCAGAAACGGAGACACCAGCCCCGGCAGAAGAGGCAACAACAGAGCCCGCCGCCGAAACAGCACCAGCAGACACAUCCGCAGCAGAACCAGCUGAUCAGGAUCCUCCAACAUCCGGCGAGGGGGAAAAGACUACGCCAGAAGUGACGGAGGAAGCGUCAGCGCCAGCAGCAGAGGCAACCGAGGAGCCAGCGGUAGAAGAACCUGCUCCCGAGCCACCAGCAGAAGAAGCUAAGCUUGGAAAUUCAAAGAAAAAGAAGAAAGAUAAGAAGAAGAAAAAGGGCCAACAAGCGGCUGCUGCUGCUGUUGAUGAGGAGCCUGUCCCGGCAAAAGAGGAGGAUACUCCAGCAGAGCCUCCGGCAGCUCCUGCUGAAGAACCUGCGCCUGAGGAACCUACUCCUACGAAGGAGGAAGAUACCCCAGUGGAACCUUCAGCAGCCCCUGCCGAAGAGCCUGUUCCUGAAGAGCCUGCGCCUGAACAAGCUGCACCUGAAGAACCUGCACCUGAAGAGCCUACGCCUGAGGAAUCUACAGCGGAGCCUCCAGCAGCUCCUGUCGGGGAACCUGCGCCUGAGGCGCCAGCUAUAGUCGAGGAAACGAAGCCAGCUGAAGAAGCGAGCGAGGAUAAGGCCGUUGAACAACCGGCUGAGUCUCCCGAGGAGCCAGCCCCUGCGGUGGUGCCCAGCGAAGAGGAGACCAAGCCUGCAAAUUCAAAGCAGAAGAAGAAGGACAAGAAGAAGAAGAAGAAGGGCCAACAGGCUGCUGCUGCCGCUCCCGCUGAGGAUCCCACCCCUGAGCCACCAGCUCCGGCUGAGGAGCUGAGCGAGGACAAGGCUGUCGAACCGCCGGCUGAGGUUCCUGAGGAACCCACUGAACAAGAUACGCCGGCUGCAGAGCCAGUCGAGGAGCCAGCUGCUCCAGAACCCGUUGCAGAAGAGCCGGCCGCGGUAGAAGAUGAGGCUCCCGCCGACGCACCAAGUGAAGAAUCUGCACCGCCCGCAGACCCAGUCGACGAGGAGGCUAAGGCUGAGCCUGAAACCGCUGCUGCCCCAGAACCUAGUGAGCCAGCUGAAGAAUCAAAGCCUAAGGAGACGGUGGAGCAACCCGCGCCAGAGGCCCCCAAGGCUGAGGAAGCAGUGGCGGAACCUGCAGAACAGCCAACUGAAGAGCCGGUCCAGGAACCGAUCCAAGAAGAUCAACCUGCCGCAGCAACGGACGAAGCGCCAGCAGCUGAACCGGCCCCUGAGGUAGUAGAAGAAUCGCCAGCAGAGCAUGCAGAGACAGAACCCGCCGACAAAACUAGUGAGCAACUCCCCGACAGACCCACCGAAGGAACCACCGACGAAGACGAUUUCCCUGAGUGUGAUCCUGAGGCAGGAUUUGAUAAGGUCGAGGCAGAGAAGGAAGCAGCUGCGCAGCAAGCGGAAAAGGACGCCGAACUUGAAGCAGAAGAGGCUUCCCGGAAAGCAGAUGCGCUGAUUGACUUUGACGAAGCCCCAGAGUCACCUAUUGAAAAACAGGCCGAAGAACCUGCAGCAGCCCCCGAAGCGGAGCCAAAGCCAGUCGAGACCGCGCCGGUAGAGCCUGAGGUGACUGAGGAGCCGGCCGCUGAAACUGCACCGGCCGAGGAAGCUAAGGUCGAGGAAGUGGCAGCCGAACCCGUUGAUGAAACAGCGAGGAGUGUUGAGCCCGUCGAAACCGAAGCUCCGGCCGAAGCAGCGGAACCUGAGGCUGCUCCCGAAGUAGCCCCAGAGCCGAUCGUCGCGGAGGAGCCUGUAGCAGAGCCUGCGCCAGAAGAGCCUGCUCCAGCAGAACCAGCACCGGAAGAAGCUCCAGCAGUAGAGCCUGAAGCCCCCGCGGCGCAUAGUGAAACUAUUGUGGAGACUCCUGGACCAGCAGUGGAGGAACCGGCGCCCGCAGAAGAGACCCCCGAGCCAGCUGCACCUGUUGAAGCGGAACCCGUGACAGAGGCUCCCAAGGAAAAGCCAGUUGAGGAGCCAGCCCUAGCUGAGCCCGUGGUGGUUGAAGAAGCAGAGCCGGAACCUGAGGCUACCAGAGAGGUGCCCGACGAAGGCCCUGUAGAAGAGCCUCCAGUUGUAGCUCCUGCUGAGGAGCCUCCAGUUGAAGAACCACCGGUCGUGGAGGAACCUGCCGCAGCGCCUGCAGUUGUUGAAUCUCCAGCUGAAGAGCCAGUCGCUGAGCCAGCUCCAGCGGUUGAAGAGACUGCUCCGCCUGCUCCGCCAGUACCAGUUGAGGACUUCCUUGUUGAAGAUGCACCUAGGGAUAUAGACGUUUCGGAGAUUCCAGCCAACGAUCCGGUCCCUGUUCCAGCUGACAUCGUUGAGGCGGUGCCUAGAGCACCAGCCGAUGAGCCCACUGCGGAGCCUGUCAACGAGCGUGGACGAGGUUUCAACGAAACGUAUACUUUUGAUCGGGAGCCGUCGCCCGGGACACUAUUGGUUCCCGAGACUUCAGCCGAAGUUGGUGGGGGUGCAACGCCGGGAGACCGGUUCGCUCAUGCUGCUGCAGAAGUCCACGAGCGUUCACGGCGAAGAAGAAGACGAUCACACGUAGCUGACACUCGCGAUGAUCGUGACGACCGACGACCUUCAAAGAGCUCUUCAGAAGGGCGUUCCCGACAUGCACCUACGGUGGCUACUGCCCCAGCUCCAGCUCCAGCUCCAGCUCCACAGAGGAUGGCCAGUAACAAGCUGAGCCAGAGGUGGUUAAUGGCUCUGGACGAGUCGAGGAGGCAGUAUGAGGAAAAAUCGAGAAGGGAGUUGAAGCGACUCCAUCGGAUUGAUGCGGACCGAGAAAAAGGCGAACGAUCGAAGCGAAUUGAGCGAUCUAGUAGCACUCGAGAGCGGGAAUCCGAACCCAGGAAGUCCAGCCAAAGAAGCUCCGGCAGCCGUGAUGGUGACCGCACUACUGCGGGCUCUUCGUCAAGACACUCGCAGUCGACUGUUCCUAAGCCCCGGACCUUCUUGAAAUACAACCCUUCCGAUGAGGAGGUGUCGAGCAAUAACCCCCUUCCCAAAGUCGACGCCACCAAGGCAAUGGCCAACGUUGUCGACCAGCCGCGUAGGCGCUCGUCCACCAGUCAUUCCCACGGCAGCUAUUCUCACGGUCAGCGUCAUUUGACUGAAGGAAGAGGCUCCAUGGAGCGGUCGAGUGGGACGCGCCGCAGGGAGGAAGACCCAGCUCGGGCGGAAGCACGAAAGGCUCGAAGACAGUCCGAGGCAGUUAUCGAAGCGCCAGAACAGAUUGAGCAUCAGGAAGAAGCUCCCAGAUCUUCUAGAGGCGACCCUGAGCCCGAGCGUCGACGUCGUCACCGUCGCAGACGUGAACCAACUCCGCCACCACCCAGUGCAGCUACGAGACUCAAGGGCAUGAUCAAGGCAGCUAUCACUGCACACUGA